CAUCUGAGCAUCUUCAUGACUCUUAUCUUGGAAGAAGCUCCUGAACGCACCGUCGGUUGCCUGGAACCGAACAACGCCUGCGCUUCGACCAAUCAGAGACUGCGCCGGGCUGUGACGUCCGAGAAAGGGUGUGGUAACGGUGUCAUAGAGAGGGGUGGGGGUGCAAACCUAAAAAACUGGUCGGUCCAUCAGAAAGAGCCAGACAACGUUCCUAGAGUCAUUUUGUUACGGAAGAACCUGCUGACUCCAUCCACAUCACAUUUCAUCAUGUUCUCCGUGUCCGAGUUUAUAUCCGGUAACAGCUAUGAAGAGUGCCAGGCCACAGCUGAUUGGUUGCUGUCCAACACACAAGUGCGGCCCAUUGUGGGAAUCGUGUGCGGUUCAGGUCUGGGGGGUCUGGCCAAGAUGCUCAAGGACCCUCAGGUCUUCAAAUACAGCGACAUUCCCAACUUCCCCCGGAGUACAGUGCAUGGUCACGCUGGCCAGCUGGUGUUUGGAACACUAAAAGGGAAGCCGUGUGUUUGCAUGCAGGGCAGGUUCCACCUGUACGAGGGCUACCCCAUCCAGAAGAUCACGCUGCCCGUGCGCGUCUUCAAGCUGAUGGGAGUGGAGACGAUGAUCAUGACCAACGCAGCUGGAGGCCUGAACCAGGACUACAAGGUGGGAGAUGUCAUGGUCAUCAAGGACCACAUCAACAUGCCAGGUUUCGCCGGAAUCAGCCCUCUGGCUGGACCCAACGACGACAGGUUUGGCGUUCGCUUCCCCUGCAUGUCUGACGCCUACGACCGCGAGCUGCGGGAGCUGGCACACGAUGUGGCAACAGAGCUGGGCUACAAUGACUUCCUAAGAGAGGGAGUGUACUGUGUCCUCGGAGGUCCUUCCUUUGAAACCAUCGCUGAGUGUCGCAUGCUGCACAUGUUAGGCGCUGACGCUGUUGGGAUGAGCACCGUUCAUGAGGUGAUUGUCGCCCGGCACGCUGGGAUGCGCUGCUUCGCCCUGUCACUGAUCAGCAACCGGGCGGUGAUGGACUAUGACAGCCAGGAGAGAGCCAACCACGAAGAAGUCCUGGAGACUGGCAGGCAGACAGCUGAGAAGCUGGAGAACCUGGUGUCCACCAUGGUCGCUCGGCUGGAGCACAGCAACAACAACUCCUUCUGAACAUGCGACAUGUGCAUGUCCCACAUCUGCCGCCACGCUUUAUCUCUGCGUCCCAUGAGGAUUUUUAAAAUGUUUGUUAGAACGCUAGAAAAGCUCUGUAGAGCUUUAAACUGCUCGGCUGGGUUUCUAACUUGAUAAACUAGUUUCUUAGCAAAGCCUAAUUUUAAAAUGUUUCCACUGACUGUUACUUUAUGUUUCUUUAAGUCUUAAGAUCUUGGAUACCGCUCCACUUUUUUAUACACUCCUAUCAGCAACGUUUACAUUUUUGAGGUGUACAGAUAAGUGUAACUUUAGUGCAGUAAUUGUCUGAGAAAUUCCUGCUGUGACAUGCUGUACUGUAUUUAUCCAACUGUAGUGUUUCAGUGAAACAGCAGCGUAUUGUAAUUUCUAACCUAAGUUAUUAACUUAAUAAUAUAUUUAUUGUGUCAGUUCUUUUACAUUCCCUGAUAUCAGUUAAUAACUAAUAUGAAGACAGUAAUAUUUUAAUGUAGAGGACCAACACAACAAUAUACUCAUCCUCAUGGCUGAAAGAUGGUGGAAAUAAUAAUUUCAUACAGAGUAAAAUAUUUAAACUAAAUUAAGUAGUGUUUUUAUUUGCUUUAGUAAUAUAUUGAGUGGUUGAUGUACAGAACUGAAGAAAGGGAUGAUAUCCUGCAUGGGAUAUUUACCAAAGUAUGUAUGUUUGAGCAGAUCUUCCUGUGUCUUAUCACUGUGUUAACAGACUGGGUUUUUGGCUGUCUGUGCUUCUAGAGGUACCUUUAUAAAAACUGUACAAAUGGUGGAUAUACUUUUACAAUAAAAAGACUAAACUUGAAAACA